AGUCGUGUGGUAUCUGUCGUGUGCUGUUCACGCCUAUACGUUUAUGAAACGUCAACGUCACGCAACGUUCGAAUCCGUCUCUUCGACGCGUUCACCUCAUUCACUUGACGUUCACCAACGCACGCGCAUUUGACGUUCUCCACAAUGUUAUAGACUAGUCAGACGUCAUUGUACGUCACCAUCACUGCAGAUCACCUGAACUGUCUGAACGUUGCAGCAUCUCAUCGCAUUUCGCAAUCAACGCUCGUUGAAGCAAGCACACGACAUGGAUCGAUCAUCCAAGUUAAUUCUACGAAAGUUUAUCAUAGACUUCCUCUGUCUAUUUGUCGUGGGCAUUUCCGUAUUGAUGUUCUUCCUAUUCGGCAAACCUUAUAAACGCGGUUUCUUUUGCAACGAUGAGUCACUCUAUCAUCCGUAUCACGAAUCUACGGUUACGAGCACGAUGUUAUACGUCAUCGGUCUUUUUCUUCCUAUAUGUAUGAUGAUUAUAGGGGAAUACCUGCACGGGAGGGAUUUCUCUGGACACACGGCGAAUGUGCUUUUCGGAUACACCAUACCUCCAUGGCUGUGGAAUGCUUACAACAAGGUUGGUGUAUUCGGUUUCGGUGCCGCUUGUACAGUUCUAAUCACCGAUAUUGCUAAGUAUACUAUAGGUCGACUACGACCACACUUCAUGGAGCUCUGUGUACCCAAUAUUGACUGCAACCUGCCCGAGUAUCAACACAAAUAUAUCGUGAAUUUCCACUGUACCGCAACGGUCUCGACUAAGCUACUAAAGGAAGUCAGAUUAUCGUUUCCCUCCGGUCACUCGUCCUUCUCGGCCUACACCAUGAUCUACCUUGCGAUGUAUCUGCAAUUAAGAAUAAAGUGGGAAGGCAGUAAGCUGCUUAGACACUUCCUUCAACUGUUAUGCUUGCUUAUGGCUUGGUUUACCGCGAUGUCACGAAUUUCCAAUUAUAAACAUCACUGGAGUGAUGUACUUGCUGGAUCUACCCUCGGCAUUGUCAGCGCUUUAGUGGUGGCACAUUGCGUGGCAGAUCUUUUCAAUGAGGAAAAAGGAAAACACUGUUCCAUAGAGAAACAUCGAACUACCGAUUACGAAACGGAGACUGGUGUCACCGGCAUACAGGAUGAAGCAAGUCCACUGCAGGUGAGAAUGCAAACAUACGGAGGAGUCAAUGAAAAUGCACAAGAUUUUAUACGCACACACAAUUCUAAUUAAAAUUUUGCAUAAAUGAUUAAUGCAGUAAUUAUA